CUCAAUAGUAGCGCCACUUAACACUGGAACCAUUAAGAAAAAGAUAAUUUUGUUUUUUUCCAAACAAAGGAUUAACUAUAAUAAUAAGACGGAGUGAAUACCCAAAUGAAAUAACACAGUCAAUCAUAAAUUAUAUUUAGUAUAAGUCGAGAAGAUAAGAGAUUAGAUAUAAACUUCAACACAUCUCAGUUGUGUAGAAGCACAAUUAAAGAAACAUGUGAAAAUAAUUCACCUAUAAUGCUAAGAAGUGAAAAAAUUACAAACAUUUUGAACUACACGGAAAAUAUUGAAAACAAACGUGGUAGGAAAGUGUCCAUUUCCGUGUUUUUUAUUAUUGGCGUUGUAGAGUUCCUUCUGUCAUCAAUAUUUUAUUCAUACUCUGCGUUUUUUCUGGAAUUUGUGGACGAUGGUUUUUACGACUACCACCAAGGGUUCGGGGUCAUUAUCAUUUUUGUGGGUACUAAAAACAUAUCAGGUGCCCUCACAAAAUCCAUUUGCGACUACUACGAAAAGAACACAUUAAGUAGAGUUUUUAUAGUAUCAUCCACUAUAAUUUUAUGUCUUUCACUGCUUACAUCAUCAUUCGUCGAAGGGUUCGAAUACCACUUACUUCUCUACGGUAUUAUACCAGCAUUUAUAUCAGGAUGUUUGACGACAUACAUUAAACAUAUGCAAGAGGAAGAAUACGAUUUUGACCCAAACUUAUACGACAGUAUAUUAUUGGUAUCGAAAGCUUUAGGUCUGUUUUGUAUGCCAGUGGUAUUAAUUUUUGUAUCCGAUUGUUACGGCACCUCAAGGGCUAUAUGCUUGUUUGCCUCGUUGGUUUUAAACGUGAUACCGUUCAGUUUGUUUCUGAAGACCAAGACAAACCAUUGUGUGAAGGUGAAUAGCAACUAUUACAGCCUGACAAAUCCUCAACCAAUGACUGAAAUGGCGGUUUUGAAUGAUAACAAGAAUGAAGCUUUAAUAUUGUCGUCCAGUUCAUCUUCAUCCGGUGAUUACGAAGAACCAUCUAAUGAUUUUUGGGCUGAAGAGGUACAAGAGGAGGAAAAUAGAGAUGAUGGAGCACCGGCGAAUGUAGUCAUGUUAAAUCCGAUACAAGAUUACUAUAAAUUAUUUGGAGUUAAUAUUUUACCCCGCAUAAGAGAGGAGAGUGAGAGUUCGUCGACCAAUGAAAUAAGUGUGAAGCGUUUAAGUCAAAUAACAGCUAAAUUGGAGGAAAUUAACAAAAGCGAUAGGAGAAAUAGUGUGGAGGUACCCCAAAUAAACCUUAGGCAACCCACUGAAGAACCAAGAAUACCAUACUAUACCAACGAAAUAAUGUUUCUUCAGGACAACCAAGGAUGUUGUACCCCAUACGAAUCCUACCUCUGGAAACGACGAUGGAGGAUAUUGCUACAAUUUUUCACCCACAAUUUUUUCAUACCACUAUUCAAAUCCCUUACAAAUCUCAAUUAUUACCCACCUUUGAUAACAAAAGUGUUAACAUCAUUCCUAUCGAGUUGGUUUAUUAUAUCAGCGCCAUAUUUAGCUUUGGUUAAGAGUGAAAUUUUGCAGAAAAAAUUCACGACACUAGACUCCAUCUUUUUAUCUUCCUAUAUAGCCUUUGCAUGGUGUUUUUUCCUCAUGAGUCUACCAGCAAUCACAAAACAAUCGCAUCUAAGAACAAAAAUUAUCUACAUCAUUGGAAGCGCCAUAUUGGCCUUAAGUAUGCUGUUUUCCACCAAAAGACUUACUAAUGACGCCAUAACACUAAGCUGUCUAUUUUUUGGGUUUGGUUACGGAAUGACGUCGUACUCUGAAAACAUUGUUUUCAAGGAUUUUUUGGGUUCCACGCAUUGGCAAGACUGUCGAGGUCCUUUGGAGGCUCUAAGUGGUAUUUUAAUGAUUGUGAUUUAUUAUGUUAUAGACCAUUAUAGAGUAGACUACGAGACACUGAUUUUGUAUAGUUUUUUGAUAUACUUCAUGAACAUUUGUACUUGGAUAAUAGCCCCUCUACUUAAAAUUUUAAUAAAAUAUUUGAAGAGAAGCUUUAUGUAUAGACAACAAGAAAACUUGUUCUAAUGUGAUAUUUUGUAAAU